UAUCUGAGCUUUUUGUGCCUGUAGAUUUUCAUGAUUGUGCGAUAAUAUUGGAUACAGUGACAUUUUCUCUUUCUUAUGUAUGGAUGUGGAUGGAUAGGCAAGGAAGGGCAAUCACAAAGCAAUAACAAGGAAUUUAAAGGACUAGGAGGAUUAUUUUGAAUCGGGAAUAAAGGAGUAUAAGGAUUAUUUUGACAUCGCAUUAUACUUUUGGGAAUUAUAAACAGUUGUCAAAAGCAACCUCUGUGUAGUCUGGAAUAUUAGUUUUUAUUUGUUCAGUUCGGGAUCAAACAAGAGUUCAGAGGAUUAUAAAUUAUGUUUUUGGAUAAAUGACAGUCACCUUUGUUAUCAUGCCCAAACCGAAGAAAGAGAUCAUCAUGAAAAUGGGUGGUAGUCCGGCCACUAGGUGCCAAAUGAAGGAUCAGUAUGACAACUUGGCUAAUCAUACACAGAAGGGGAUAGAGUUUAGUGAACGAUACAGUCAUUAUGUGAAGGACAGAUGCGCAAUAGAGACAGAAUAUGCAGCAAAGUUAAAGCGAUUAGCAAAAAAUUAUCAACCAAAGAAGAAGGAAGAGGAAGAUUAUCAGUUUUCAUACGCCAAAGGUUUUCUGUCCAUGUUAAACGAGGUCCAUGACAUAGCGAGCCAACAUGAGUUAAUAUCGGAGAACAUGAAUUCGAUGUUGACCAAGGAUAUGACGCACCUUAUUCAAGAACUGAGACAGGAGAGGAAAAAACAUUUAUCGGAAGGAAAGGAUUUACAAAAACAGUUAGACAAAUCUUUAGACUUAUUACAAUCUAGUAAAAAACAAUACGAAAAGGCGUUCAAAGAAUCAGAAAAGGCUCAAGAAAGUUACAAACAGGCGGACGCAAAUAUAAAUUUAUCGCGAGCAGAAGUCGAGAAACAAAAAAAUAUCUCACAAAUCAAAGAUCAACAAUGUGAAGAAGCAAAGAGUGAAUAUGCGUGUCAGCUUCAAAAAACCAACCAACUCCAGGAGGAACAUUAUUCCGUACUCAUGCCGAAAGUAUUUCAGAGCUUACAAGACAUGGACGAGCGACGGAUUACGCGGAUUCAGGACUUCAUAAAAACAAGUGCGGAUAUAGAAACCAGUGUGAUACCAAUUAUAAAUACAUGUAUAGAGGGCAUGGUGCGAGCGUCGGAGUCUGUUAGUCCAUCAGAGGAUUCGAGACUUGUGGUCGAUCGAUUCAAAUCAGGCUUCCAUCAUCCGGGUGACAUUCCAUUCGAAGACCUCAGCGGGGGCAAUGGCAGUGGGUCAGAAAAUAUGAACAACUCCUUGACGAAUUUGACGCCGCGGAACACAAUUCGAUCCGAAGGAAAAGGAACAUUAUCUGGUGGGAAAAAGCAAAAGCGUGGAGGAUUAAGGGGACUAUUUGGUGGUGCUAAGAUUCAGUUGGGAAAAAGUUUUAGGGGUGAAGAGACAAAAGAUGAUUACAGUCACCUUCCACCGACUCAACAGAAGAAGAAACUCAGCUCAAAGAUCGAUCAAAUACGCCAAUCUCUCGCCAAGGAAACUGCUGAAAAGGAUGCUCUUGUGAAAAUGAAGGAGGUUUAUGGGAACAAUCCCAACUUUGGUGAUGCUGCUAGCACAGAGGUUAAGCUGGAAGAAUGUAAUCAAAAGUUGAUCAUUGUCAGAGCAGAGUUGAAAAAAUAUGAGGACUACUUGGCUGAGGCAGAAGGUAAAUUACCGGCAAAGAAUGGUGGGAACAGUGUGAACCGAGGGAGCUACUCAGGUGACUCCACAAUAUCGAGUAGCGCGUCUGAUCUAAGUGUGCACUCGGGUCAACCUGGGGAUCCAAAAUAUAGCGACGUACAGUCAGUGGGUCACGGUUCAGACCAGGGCUCAGCGACAGACAGCGUGGACCAUGGUGCCACCCACUCCAGCAGUUCCCAGUUGGUUGAGCAAGACUCCUUCACCGAUGAUCCAGACGAUACUUUAGGCAUGUGUCAAGCGUUGUAUGACUUUGUUGGUGAAUCUGACGGCACCAUCUCCAUGCGGGCAAACGAGGAAUACUACCUUAUAGAGAAGGAUGAGGAGGAGAGCGGGUGGACCCGUGUGCGCCAAACUAUACCUGGCGGUGACGAGGGCUAUGUACCGACAACUUACCUAAACCUCUACAUACCAUAGAGAGAUACAAGAGGCCACCAGGUGGUUUUCAAAACUUACUGCGAUUGCCAGGGAGCAAGUUGAUAAGAUUGGAGGAAAAGGUAGUCUUAGGCCAGGACCGGGCACAUCCACUGAGCUUCACUCUCUGCGGAGAGUAUUCUUUUUAUGACUCGCUCGGUGCUGAUGGCAGGGAGAGGCUUGAGUAUUUUGAUAUUCAUAAGAAAAGACAAUCUUUGGCCGACUCGGAGCAGAGAAUUGCUCAAUUUUUCAAGGAACUGAAAGCUUUCAGUGGUGCCAGCUAGUUUUACCUCACUUUAGUAUGACCUUGUCUUAUAGUCAGUAUUCAUGCCCAUGAGUCUGGGAGUGCCGUUGAGUCUUGAAUGCCCUGAAAAUACCUGUUGGUGUCUGCAAGUGUUCAUGAAAUCUUAAUGCCACCUGUUGGUUUCUUCAUUGAUAUCUAGGAGUCGCUAGGUGGCUACACCAGGUGCUGAGUAUAUCUAAUUCAGUAGACUUUGCAAUAUAGAUAACUAUUUUUAUGGAAUUGAACAUAGUACAAGUUGUCAAUGUUAAGGAUUCAUUUCAUUGAGGAUUGACUCUAAUAAUUAUAAUAACAUAUGUAUUACUGUGUACAUACUAAGUGUACAUUGUUGUAUACUUAAUGUACAGCAUUGAAUACACAGUGUACAUUCUUGUAUAAUGUACAUUCUUGUGUACAAUGUGCAUUGUUGUAUACAAAAUGUACGGGAAGUUCAACUGUGGAGUUGACUACAUAAUAUUGUAAAUAGUUCUAAUGUAAAUGAAUCCACCUAUAUUUCUCUGUGAGAAUCCUUUGCAUCUUAUCCACUAUGAACUUGAAGAAUGAUCCAUUCUUCUGGAUUAAGUUGCAGAAAAGUCAAUUUUCCAUGUGUGUAAAUAGAAAUUUCCAGAUUUUUACUUAUAUAAUGUGAAAGGCCUGGCCAACUGGUUCAAAAUGCUGGCAUUUGUAAGAUUGUUUUGUAGCUAAAUGCUAGUAAGACCAAUGCUAUUGCUGGGCCAGACCUUGAUGUAAAUUCUCUGAUUGUAGUUGUACAGGUUAGGUGGGCUCAAUUGAACUCGGAUAACAGUGCUGAUGCAAUGUCAGCUUUCACCCACUCAACCCCAUCAUCCUGAUCCUGAACGUUGGUGGUGGGGUUGACAGAGUUAACCGAGUCACUAUGACCCCUCUUAGAAAUAGGUCUAAGAGUCUAUAUACAUCCAUGCAUGUCUUUCAGAAGUCCUGAUCAUGUACAGAGAAAAUGGAAUUAGUUGUCCAUUUCAUAUAAACUUCUGGUUGGACUUGCUGUUAUAAGAUAAUAUACUUAUUUCAUGUAUUGCAUGGUGCCCAUGCAGUAUUUUGUAUUUUUCCAUGGAUAUGUGUUGCCAUGGUGAUGAAACUGGUUGCCAUGGAAAUUGUGAUUGUUUACAGAUUUUUUAUUGAUUUCUUGUACAGUGAUGAAUGGUGUUUGUAUUGACACCUUCAGCGCCGAACCACGUAGAUCUACGUGGCCCAAAUCCCCCUCUUUGAGCUGGUUAUCGGAGUCUCGUGGACUUCAUGAAAGAACUACGCCAUCGCCAUCUUCAGGGCAAGGUAGGAACUGAAAAGACCAAAAAACUGACAAUGUUCUUUUCAGUUCCUGCCGUGCCCUGAAGAUGGCGAUGGCGUAGUUAAGAACUUUUAAAUGCCUUCAUGAAAGAACUACGCCAUCGCCAUCUUCAGGGGAAGAGAGGAACUGAAGGGACCUUUUCUUGUCUUCAGUUCCUGCCUUGCCCUGAAGAUGGCAAUGGCGUAGUUCUUUCAUGAAGUCCAUGAGACUCCGAUAACCAGCUCACAGAGGGGGGAUUUGGGCUUCGGAGAUCUACGUGGUUCGGCGCUGAAGGUGUUUUAUCAUCUUGACGUUGAUUUUAGUUCUAGCUAGGCCUAAUAGAGGGAGAUAGUAGCUAACAUUUAUCUCUGGAAUGAAAGAACAAUAUAAGAUAAGGAAAUGUCUUGGAUUCGACCUGCUGUUGGAUUAAGUAGGUAUUAUGUAAAGCGAAACGCUUUUACCACCUGACAUGCCUGAAAGUGCGGUAUUUAUCCUCUUCCAGGUUCUGAAAUUGGUGAUUGUUAGUUACUUGUCUCGGAUGAUGAUGUUAGAAUCAUGCAAUGUAAGAGGCACAGAUAGUAAGAAUGGGUGGUCAUGUGAGUAUGUGACGCAAUGUAAGCAGUUCUUUGCUGCAUUUUGAUGAACAUUUGUAAGAUACUGCGUCGGGUGUCAUAUUCUUGAAGAAUUGCAGAGAAGCCGUGUAAAUAGUCUGGUUGUGUACAAAAGAUGUCGUUCGAUAAUUUGCUGAGGGUUUGGCCUGAGAUUCUAACGUAAGUGAGCGAUUGUUCUAGCAGAACUCUAGUAGAUGCUUUUCAAUACAGUUUGCCAUUUCAUCAUCAUCACUUUAUGCAGCUGUCAAUGCGUGUCUUGUGUGCCCCCUCCUAAACAGUACGCUGCACUUUCCUUAUGACUAGGCCUCUAAAUCUUGUGGUAAUUAAGCAAUGUCAUCUGAUUACAACAGAAAACAAAUGGUAUCAGCAGUCUUGUUGUUCUGCAGUUGGUAUCUUGUUGAUGUCUAUUUUGUCUUCAUCCCAGCGCCCGCAUGCUGUCUUCCUCUGUUCAUCCUUGAGGAGGGGGAGACCACAAAAUGCAUUGAUAUUUGCAUUAAUCCUGAAAGAAACCCGAUACAGGUAUCACUUUUCCCACCGGAGAAACAGGCAAUCAAAAUGAAGACAUUCUUGUUAUGUCAAUUAUGCGUACACGUCCCUGUCCUUUCAGAUGCUUUAAUUUGCUACAUUUGUGCUUUCAUUGUUACAUGUGGACAAAAGUUUUUAUUUUGCUUAAAGGUUUUUUUGAGAAUUCUGCCAACUUAGAAAGUUACUGAAAGAUUUUCAUUACAUUCAUAUUCUGGUUAUCUUUUAUAUACAUGUAUCUUGGGGGGUCAGUCUGAAUGGCUGGGUCUAAAAUUUAUUUAUUAAAUCCUAGUACCGGUAGUUGCUUAACUGAUUUAUACACUUUCAUUUGCUUUUGAAAGUGAGUCAUUUGUUCUUCAAGUGACAUGUUUAGUGACAACAAGAGCUCUGUAUGUCUUCGGAGGUCAUUUCAUAGCACAUUAUGAUAAACAAGGGUACAUUAUCUCAUUGUGAGCGCAUGUAUUUACAUUAAUGUAUCCUACAAUUGUGAAUAUGAAAUAUACAACAUCUUCAAAAAUGAAUUCUUUACUACGAUAGUUCAAGCUUCCCACCUGCUAAUCGUACAAUCAUUUAAAUGAUUCAAAACUUUUUAAAGUCUGUGUCUUCUUUGGUUCCGAUAUUGUCUGUCAAAUUGUCAGAUGUCCUGUUGUAUUCCGCUUCUUUGAAAUGAACCUAAUAUCUGUUGGGCUUGUGUAGUAAUAGUGUACUAUGAGUACAAAAUCUUGCUGUAUUGUCUUGGGCUCACUUUCACGUGAAUCAUGUGAGAAUAUGUUGUAAAUAGAACCGGAAGAAAGAAAUUGAUUGCUUGUGAUAUAAAAUAUAUUCAGCUCUGAAUCUGUUUUAAAUUCGUGUGAUAUUUUGAUUUCUUAAGAGUGAAGGUUGUGCUUAAUACAUCAAGGCUUAUACACCUAAUGGCAACACAUUUGAUUCUAGGCAGAUCUUGGUUUCAAAGUAUCACUCAAAUUUCUUAUUGGUGUAGACUACCAUAUAGACAUGAAUAGAAAUGGAGACUUUUAAUUUGCCGCUUAAUUUAACUUCACUUCAAUUUAACUUGAUCAAGGUUUCAUAUGUUUCUGUGGUGUAUUGUGUACAGAAUGUCCUGGUCACUGCAGUUAGUAUAGUUGAACUGGAAAUGGUAACUUUCCCUGGCACGGUCCGAUGAGGAACUAGUAAAAGUCACUGCUAAAGAAAGUAUAGAUGGUCGAUUUCAGUUCGUCUUGGUCAGGUGUGUCUAUGACAUUCUCUACCUUUGCUCAUCUUUGAUACCUUGAAAUGAAGUACAUGUUAUCAUAAUGAAAUCAUGGUCUUUCUUUGAUUGUAUAAAGGAAGUCUAGCUUAUUACAAUAAAAUGAUAAUUUAAGGAUAUAGAA